UCUUCGGGAGUCCACCCCUCCUCGCCCCGCGACCCCGCUCUAGCAAGCGGGGUUCGCCAGCAUCCUCGACAAUCCUCGACGUGACAGUUGUGCGAAGAGGGCAUGGCCUUGGCCCUUGACCGACGGGCGGACCCACUGAACCUAGGUGGCGGCUGGGCCUCGCCAUCGGCUCUCCCUCCUUGGUCCCCGUGCCACCGACGGAGGAGGAGCACCGCGAUGUCGCGACGGCGCCACUGUUCCGGCCCCAAGCUGGAGUACGAGGAGCUGCGAAAGCAGGCGAAGCAUCAGCAUGACCCGGGCCCCCCGUGGCCCCAUACGCAGCGGCGCCCUGAGCGUCCAGCCAGCCCCACCUGCUGGGGUCCCGGAGCCUGCUGGACCCCCGGCCCGUGGCGCUGCCCCCCCGUGGAAGUUUGGAAGCCGCCGGGUCGAGUGCAGGUGGUGCGGGUGUACGGACUGCGGCCUCCCUGUCCAUGCUGCUGCUCCUGCUGGAGUGCACCUGACAAGCCCGUCCCCGGACGGCUCUACCGCAAGAAGAAGAAGAAGCGCUGGGGCAGGAAGGGCCGCGGCGUACGACGCGGCCCCCGGCGCCCCCUGCAGAGCAGCCCGCCAGUGGACCUGAGCGCCCUGCUGCGCCCGGUCAACCUGUACGGCCGCCGGGCGCCCGGCAUGCGCGCUCCGCGCAACACCACGCAGUUCAUCAUGAACCAGGUCUACGAAGACAUGCGCAAGCAAGAGAAGCAGGAGCGCCAGCAGGAGGCCCUGCGGGCCAGGCAGGCUGCGGCCGCGGCGGCUGCAGCGACGGCAGCCGAAGGGCAGGACCCAGAAGCCGUGGUGGAAGACUGCGCUUCCCCCCCGGACAGCAUCGGGGCGCACCAGCCGGUGCGCAGCGGGGAGCAGGAAGACCAGGAAAUGCAGCUGCUGCAGGAAACUUUCUACAGCUUCGUCCAGAAGCAGCUCUAUUGCCUCGUGCCCAGUCCCGAGGCUGCUGUCGAGGAGGACGAGGAGGAGGAAGAAGAGGGGCAUCUGCUCCACCUUUCUCUGCAGCAAGGAGGGAUUGAGGAGGAGGAGAGGGAAGAGGAGGAGGAGGAAGAGGAGGAGGAAGAAGAGGAGGAGGACCGUGAGGAAGAGGAAGAAGAGGAGCGGUAUGGAGAGGAAGAGGAAGAAUCGGAGGAGGGGGACGAGGAGGAAGAGUUCAAAGAUGAGAAUGAGGAAGAAGAGCUGAAAGAGUAUGGCAAUGAGGAGGUUGAAGAGGAGGAGGAGGUUGAAGAAGAGGAGGAGGAGGUUGAGGAGGAGGAGGAAGAGGAGGAGGAGGAGGAGGAAGAGCAGGAAGAGGAGGAGAUGGAGGAAGAAGAGGACUACCAGGAGGAAGAGCAGCAGGAAGACGAAGACCAACAAUCUCUAGAGAGCCCUCUCACCAGCCCAUUAACACCUGAAGAAGAGCCAGAAAUCAUUUUGAACUGUGAUUUUUUAACCCGGGAGCGUAGAAUUCUCCAGAAGCUUCAAGAAGGAUGCCCUAUGAUUGUGCAGAAAGUUCUGUGUUAGACUGAGGAGAGGGAUGGAUGAAUAGGAUGGAACUGAUUCUUUGGCUAAAAUGAAAUUAGCAGCUAAAAAAAAUCUAAUAUAAAAGUGAGUUCCAUGAAUAAAUAUUAUCUAUGCACACCCCUCCUUUGUAAAAUUGUAAGAUGAUUAAAAAUAUUAAUGAUG